GUAUACACUGUCUGCCUGCCCGGCAGCUCUUGUACAGAGCUCUAGAAACUGUGAAAGUGCCUGCAGCAUAAACAAACCCAGAACUCUCCGAGGACAGAGAAUUUGCCAACGGAAAGGCCCGGGCUUUAUGGUUUUAUCCCAAGCCUAAGGUAGAAAUCUUGAGAGGACAAGACAGACUCAGCAUCAGUGGAUGUCACUGCAGCAAAACAAGGAUGGAUGAGGAGUUACCAGAUGGGGUUGUCUUCAAAGACCACAGCUUCUCCUCUGACUUGUUAAGACAGCUCAAUGGCUUAAGACAAAGCAAGAUCCUGACUGAUGUGAGCAUCUGCUCUGGGGCCUGGGAGGUCCCUUGUCAUCGCAGUGUGCUGGCCUCCAGCAGCCCCUACUUCAAGGCCAUGUUCUGCAGCCACUUCCGGGAGAGCAGAGAGGCCAAAGUGCAGUUGAAAGGCAUCAGUUCCACAACUCUGGAGCAGGUCAUCACGUAUGUGUAUACGGGAGAGGUCCAUAUCUCAGCUGCCAACGUCCUUCCACUGAUGGAGGCUGCUGCCAUGCUGCAGUAUCCCCGGGUGUUUGAGGCCUGCUCCUCAUACCUCCAGAGCCAGCUGGCCCCCAGCAACUGCCUGGGCCUGGUCAGACUUGCAGAAAUAUUAAGCUGUGACAGCCUUAAGAAGAAAGCAAAGGAGGUGGCCCUGACUUACUUCCCAGAGGUGGCAGCGUCAGCUGACCUGAAGGAGCUCUGUGCCAUGGAGCUGAGGGACUACCUGGGAGAUGACAGGCUCUGUGGUGAGGAGGAAAAGGUGUUCGAGGCCCUCAUGGCUUGGGUGAAGCAUGACCUCCAAGCCCGGUGGAGGCACAUGCAGGAACUGCUGCAGCAGGUCCGCCUGCAGUACAUCCACCCAGCCUUCUUCCAUCACUUCAUUGCCAAUGAUACCCUCCUCCAGUCCUCACCUGCUUGCCAGGCCAUCCUGGAGAUGGCCAGGAAGCAGAUCUUCUCUUUGUAUGGUCCCAGUGCCCAGGAUUGUAAACUCCUAUGGCGCAUGCCCCCAAGGAGCUCCUACCAAGACUUCCUUCUCCUCCUUGGGGGACGGAAGGACAACCAGCAGACCACCAGGGAUGUCUUGCUUUACAGUGGACAGACUGGCCAGUGGCAGAGCCUAGCCAAGCUUCCCAUACGGUUGUACAAGGCCUCAGCUGUCACCUUGCACCGAAGCGUCUACGUGCUCGGGGGCAUGGCUGUCAGCGAGGGGAAGAGUCUCAUUAGCUGUGGCGUGUAUAUCUUUUCUCUGAAACUCAACCAGUGGAGGGUGGGGGAGCCCAUGCUGGCAGCCCGCUACUCCCACAGAAGCACCGCCCACAGGAACUUCAUCUUCUCCAUUGGGGGUACUGGAGAAGGGCAGGAGCUUCUGGGGUCCAUGGAGAGGUAUGACAGCAUCCGUGACGUCUGGGAGAGCAUGGCCAGCAUGCCAGUGGCUGUGCUCCACCCUGCCGUAGCAGUGAAGGACCAAAGGCUCUAUCUUUUUGGGGGUGAGGACAUCAUGCAGAAUCCUGUGCGCCUUAUCCAGGUUUACCACAUUUCCAGGAACACCUGGUACAAAAUGGAGACAAGGAUGAUCAAGAAUGUGUGUGCCCCUGCAGUGGUACUGGGGGAACAGAUCGUCAUUGUAGGAGGCUACACAAGGAGGAUUCUUGCUUAUGAUCCUCAGUCCAACAAAUUUGUCAAGUGUGCGGACAUGAAAGACCGAAGGAUGCACCAUGGGGCCACAGUGCAUCCAGUGGUGAUGGGGAACAAGCUGUACGUGACGGGUGGACGGCGGCUGACCACAGACUGUAACAUCGAGGACUCAGCUUCCUUUGACUGCUACGACCCAGAGACGGACACCUGGACAUCCCAGGGACAGCUACCUCACAAACUCUUUGACCAUGCCUGCCUGACCCUUCAGUGCAUACCCCACAUGACCAGCCUCUCUUGAGGGCCACAGGAACUCAUCUCUGUUCAAAAGGCUGUGUGGUGGGAGAGACUGCAACCCAGCUCCAAAGGCAUGGAGCAGAGAGAAGUCAAAACUACCACUCUCUCCAGAGUGGUCUUCUUCUUAAAAUGCCAGUGGAUGCUUUUCAAAAGUUCCAUCCUUACCCCUUGAAUCAAUGUCAGAAACUGCACUAUUAUAACUGAAUAGGGAGUUAACUACUUGGUUGACAGCCCAAACUGCAUUAUAUAAGACAGAAGAGGUUUCUCAGAGGAUGAAAGAAUUCUGGACACACACACGAACACACACACAAACAAACAGACACACUUGCCCAGGUCACCCUUAUCAUCCAGAAUGAGGCCUAGAGACCUUUGGAAUCACCCUUCAGGCCAGGUGACAGCAUGUGAAACCAGCAGUGACUGUUUCCAUACAGUCUAUGGAUACAGCACAUUGAAAGUAGGUUCAGUUCAGUAUCCACCUAGGGUUUGCAAAAUUAACCUGCAAUGAAGAACCUAAGAACAAAACAGAGUUUGCUUCUGGUGCCUGUUUUCUUCCAGGCUCCGGGAACUUACAAAGCUGCAGAAUUAAACCAGAGCUUCAUUUCAGUAAGUGGUGUGGAAAUGACCUUUCUGGGGAAAGCCAACAGAUUCUCUCAGCAAGCCUCUGGAUCUCAGGGCUGACCCUCCCUGUGUCCCUUUCACUUCCAAGCGCCCUUCAUAUCCUGCUCAAUGGCAAGCCCAUGAAAAAGCUGAUGUGCCCAUCAGAGGUUCUCAGUGCUGCCCGAGUGACCUGAUCACAGGGAAGACAUUUGGAAACAGCACUGAGCAGUCCCAUUCAAGAUGGAUGCCCAGGGCUUCUCUAAAGUGAGGUCCACAAUUCUAUACUUCUGGAAGGUAUCCCAGGCAACCCUAGGUGAAGCCAUGGUGGAGAACUGUGGCCCGGUUCUACUGUGAUCACUGAAGACCACCAUGGCUACAUUCUUUCACAUCCUAUCCUGGCCAAUACUAGGCAAUCUUGGUAUUAUAAGUAAAGUCAUUUCCAUCCACGACAGCAUCUGGAAUAAGUUCUGCUGUUCCGUGCCAGGGUCUAGAGUGCCCACACACUGGGGUCACUCUUCCUUUUCAGUGUUGCCAUGGUUUCUCCUCCUUUCUUCCUGCUUUCCCUCCUUACCACCUCAGGUUUGCUCUAUGAGGCAAUACACUCCGCCUGCACCAUUGUCACCGCCCUGCAGCCUACACGCUGCCCCCUUCUCUAACCCUCUCCCCUUUUCUGAGACAGAGUUUCAUGCAGCCUAGGUUGACCUCAGACAUUAGGUAGCCAUCCUUGACCUUCUAUUCCUCUUGCCUCCACCGCCUGAGUUGUGGGAUUACAGGUAUGUACCACCAUUCCUGGUUUAUGCUUCAGUAGAGAUCAAACGGAAGGCAUUGUGAAUGCAAGACAAGGAUUCCAUCAACAAAACUACACUCCUAGGUCUAAUCCAUUCUCUUUGAAGUCUCCCUAGUGAGGCUCUUGGUCCUAUCUCUCCUUGAACAUGAACUUGGAAAGGUACCCAGUAAGCCAAGCACUGCCCAGACAGACCAGUUUCGUUCAUUGCCCACACUGACCAACCACACAGUACACCACUGCCUACCUUAACUUCCUUCCUUUCCCCACUUCCGCGACACCUCUUGCUCUGGCUUCUCUUUGCUCUGACUCAAUUUUGUCUCCU